AUGUAUUCAUGCAGGUUUUCAGGAGUACGGGUCGAGUAUUACGUGAAUGAAAACACUUUCAAAGAACGGCUUCAAUUGUAUUUUAUCAAAAAUCAACGAUCAAGUUUGAGGAUACGAGUCGCAAACCUCUUCUUCAAGUUGCUUACCUGCAUUCUUUAUAUAUUCCGAGUUGUUACUGACAACGUUCCUACAUUCGCAGCAUGUUACGGGUGCGAAGCGGGAAACAAGUCGGACAUUCUGGCGUCACAAAUGCUCACAGAGGAAGCAUUUCAAGAGCACCCGACCAUCAACUGGGACGCUAUUCUGUGGGUGAGACGACCUCUGGAAUUGUGGGUCGUCCAGGUGAUUUUGGCGAUCGUAUCACUAACCGAGGCACUAUUACUCGCUUAUCUCGGAUACAAGGUAUGUCGCUUCACUGUUAUCUCAUUUUUUCAUCACCAUCACCAUCGCAAUCAUCUAUCCCAGCCGCUGUACCGCUUUCGCCAUAUAUGAUGCAUGAUAUAUGCCAUACAAUAUAUAAAAAAUUGAUAAUUUACAAUUUUUGAAUUCGAAUAUUUUUUUUUAAAUUAUUUCAAUCCAAUUUUUGACUCGGGUUGCAAUUUUAAU